CUCUCUCUCUCUCUCUCUCUCUCUCUCUCUCUCAAUGUGCGCAUUUCACAGUUUCCACUAUGAACCGUCCGUGACUCUGGUGGCCACGCCUCUUCUUCCCACCCGUGAUCCUCUUUCUCUCUCCCUCACAUUCAAUUAUUCUUAAUUCCUUUGAUUUUGAUUUUUCUGCAUUUUCUCUGAUUGCCCAAUUCGAUUAAUCCUCCUCCUACGCAAUAUAUAAACCCCCUUCCCCUCCAAUGGCUUCUCCGAAACUCCCGCAUUCCCUCUCCUCCUCCUCCGCCUCCCCUUUCGCUCCAUCCGCCGUCAAAUCUCACCGGAAAAAGUCCCCCUCCCGCUGCUGCUGCUUCAUCAUCCUGGCCAUGUCCACCGUUCUCCUCCUCUUCUCCGUCUUCUUCUUUUUCUCCAUGUCUCACUCCUACCGCCACAGCCGCCACCAUCCCCCCGCCUUCCGCGAAAAUUCUCCGCCGUCGGCUCCCCCCGUCGCUCAGAUCCGACUCGCCUGUAAGGCGACUCGGUUCCCGGACCCCUGCGUCGCCUCCCUCUCCGAACCGGGUCGGGUCCCUCCGGAUCCGAACCCAUCCAAGAUCAUCCACUCCGCCAUCGCCGUCUCCUUCGACAAUCUCAAAAUCGCUCAAUCCAAGGUCAAGUCCGUCCUGGACUCGUCCGCGGCGAAUCCCAACCGCACCAAAGUCGCCAACACGUGCCUAGAGAUCCUCUCCUACUCCGAGCACCGGACCGUAUCGACGGACGAGGCAUUGGCACGUGGCAAGAUCAAGGACGCUCGCGCCUGGAUGAGCGCGGCCGUCGCCUACCAGUACGACUGCUGGUCCGGCCUCAAGUACGUAAACGACACGGAGCAGGUCGGCGAAACGAUGUCGUUUCUCGACGGCCUCGUCAAACUCAGCAGCAACGCCUUGAGCAUGAUGGUCUCUUACGACAACUUCGGAGACGACGUCGCCUCGUGGGUCCCACCCGCGACAGAGCGGGACGGGUUCUGGCAGAAGGCUGGGCCGAGUGUGGACCCGGGUACUGGGCCGAGACUGGGCUUUCCGUCGGGCUUAACGGAGGACGUGACGGUGUGCAAGGUCGGAGGUAACGACUGUUACAAGACGGUGCAGGAGGCCGUUGACGCGGCGCCUGAGAAUAACGGAGGGCGUAAGUUCGUGAUACGGAUUAAGGAAGGAGUGUACGAGGAGACCGUUAGGGUUCCGUUUGAGAAGAAGAACGUGGUGUUCAUCGGUGACGGGAUGGGCAAAACGGUCAUUACAGGGUCGUUGAACGUUGGUCAACCAGGGAUGACCACGUAUAACUCUGCAACUGUCGGUGUGCUUGGCGAUGGAUUCCUGGCUCGUGAUCUGACCAUCCAGAACACGGCCGGACCGGACGCUCACCAGGCAGUGGCGUUCAGAUCGGACAGCGACUUCUCCAUACUCGAGAACUGUGAGUUUCUUGGGAACCAAGACACCGUCUAUGCUCACUCCCUCCGACAGUUCUACAGAAACUGUCGGAUCCAAGGCAACGUCGACUUCAUCUUCGGCAACUCCGCCUCCGUCUUCCAAGACUGUCAGAUUCUCGUCGCCCCGAGGCAGAGCCAACCGGAGCAUGGCGAGAACAACGCCGUCACUGCCCACGGGAGGAUCGAUCCGUCUCAGUCCACGGGCUUUGUGUUCUUGAACUGCUCGAUAAACGGGACGAACGAGUACAUGACGCUGUUCAAAGCAAACCCUAAAGUGCACAAGAACUACUUGGGAAGGCCGUGGAAGGAAUUCUCGAGGACGGUGUUCAUCGGGUGCAACUUGGAGGCAUUGAUAACGCCCGACGGGUGGAUGCCUUGGAGCGGGGAUUUCGCGCUGAAAACGCUCUUUUACGGGGAGUAUAAGAACACGGGUCCGGGUUCAGACACGAAGCAUAGGGUCGCGUGGAGUAGUCAGAUACCGGACGAGCAUGUCCACGUCUAUUCCGUGGCUAAUUUUAUUCAGGCCGACGAGUGGGCAUCCACAACUGCUUGAUCUAUAUAUCACGAACCCAUCAACCGGUAGUGUUUGGUGUAUGGUUCAUAGGAGUUUUUAAGUGUCUAGGGACUAUAAUCCUAAAGAAAGAAUUCAUCAUUGUACCUUCUGUAGUUUUUACUUGACCAAAAAUAACAUAAAGACACCUUCCUUUCCAU